UGCCGGAGCAAGUGCAGCCGCCACUGUAACAUCCUGGUCUUUAACUCUGUCACAGGGCACUGGGCGACCUCUUGGCCAGCAGUAAGAGGCAACCUACUCCACCUGCCUAGUCGCCACCCCCGACACUCACGAGGGUGGCAGCAGCAGGUGGGAGACCAGCGGCCUCGGGUUCACAGAGAUUGCCAAAGGCCACCGGUAGUGCGGAGACGGGGGAGUCUGCAUCUUCAAACUCUCCUUGGAGCAACCUUGCCUAAGACCUGGGAGCCACGACCACCCAACUCCAAUUCCGAGGCUGACGUGAGUCGCUAGCAAGAGUGAGAUCGCAGGGGGCAGGCUGCAGACGGCUUGCGGGAGGGGGAUCUUCUUGACUGAAUUGGACCAAUUGGGACUAUCAGUAGCCUCACCUGUGAGGCCUUGUUUUCUCAUCAUCCUUGGAAAGAGAUCUCGGCACCCUGGAUCUUUCUGUGGUUUCUCGAGGCAGCUCCACAGCGCAGCAGCGCGCAUACAGCUGCCUCAAGGAGUUGGGCAAGAUGGUAUUUGGAGUCCAGGACAUUGCACUGUUAGAACACGGUUGCAAGGCCUUGGAGGUAGACAGUUACAAGUCGUUGAUGAUCCUGGGGAUCCCAGAGGACUGUAGCCACCAAGAAUUUGAAGACAUCAUACGGAUUCCCCUCAAACCUCUGGGCAAGUUUGAAGUGGCUGGGAAGGCCUUUCUGGAGGAGGACAGAUCCAAGGCAGCCAUCAUUAGGUUGGCAGAAGACCUCAACUACGAUGUGGUCCCCAGGGAGAUCAAAGGCAAGGGCGGUGUGUGGAGAGUGGUUUACAUGCCCAAAUGGCAGGACAUCGAAUUCCUCACCAAACUCAAUUUGUUCCUGCGGAAAGAGGGCAGGACGGUAGAAGAUGUGGCCCGCAUCCUCAGGCAGGAGCUGUGUCCCACUACAGUAGGUCUUGGAGAGCUACCUCCCGGGAAGUGCUGCCUGUUUCCGCAAGGGGAGAAUGCAGACAAGGGGACCACCGCCAAGGGGCAUGGGGUCCCCCUUCUGGAGGACCCAGAGAAGGAGGGCAAGCCUGAAGAAGGAAAGAAGGGCAAGAAGAAGAACAAGAAACAUCGACGCCGACAGCAGGCUUCUGAUAAGAAGCUGUGAGUUAAAUUGAAUGAGUGUGUAUGGGGGGGUGCGCUAAGGGAGGGUGGGAGUCAUCUGAGUGGGUUGGGCGACUGUGGGAAGGUGCAUAGCGUUUUGGGACUGAGUGACUGUGGAUAGCAGGUGAUAGACAGUGGAUGGGUGGCUUUUGAGCCAGAAAGAUUAUCAUCUGAGUGUGGCACAUGAUAUUUGACCUUUGUCAGGAAAGCCUCUUUAUUUUGCUCAAUCCUGGGGCCUGAGCUAGGGCCUCAAGCAUGCUACACAAGCCAAGCGCUCUAUCACUGAACUACGCACCUGGAUCCUCACUGGGAGAUUCUAGGGAAACUGUUAGUGAGCUAUAUCCUUAGUCUGAGCCUAGCACUUCCUAGCUUGUGGCCUACAGCUGAGUGGGUGUGGCCUACAGCUGAGUGGGUGUGGCCUACAGCUGAGUGGGUGUGGCCUACAUCUGGCUGAAUGUUUUUUGUUCACUCUGUAUAUGCUUAUUUCACACCCACCGUAUUCCAGAAUGGUACUUGGAUAUUGGAAUAAAGAGGGAGAAAAAGCCAACAAAAAUCCUUGACUGUGACACUCAUGACGAGAGCGGUGUUACUCAGAUACACCUAAGUGAGUGAGGUUUUCAUUUAAAUAAAUUUAGAUAAAGUUGAGGGAGCGAAUGUAUGAUUGGGUGUGGACAUGUUAUUCAUUCAAGCAACAAAAAUCUCUUGAGUGUCUACAAUGUGCCAGGUACAGGACAUACAGUCAGUGAUUCUUAGCCUUGACCUCAUGGCUCUAAUUUUCUGUAUUUGAGGAAUUGUGGGUAAUGCUUGAGACUGUGCAAGGAACAUGGAAGUGUGUGUGUGUGUGUGUGUGUGUGUGUGUGUGUGUGUGUAUUGCUUGAGUGAAGGAGAGUAACUUCUGACUGAGAAGGGUCCCAGAGACUUGUAGAAGACUUCUAGCAACUUUGAGGCCAGCAGGAUCAGCCCCACAAAGGGAGAUGAAUCCAAGACUGUUGCCAUAGAGACUGCAGAGGGGACAGGUGCCUGCUAGCCAUUGCCUUGUCCACAAUGACAAGCUUUUGAAAGUGUUUUGCUAGACCUGCCAGAACUGGAGCUGACCCCCGGAAGAACCUGUCCUGAAGAAAAAUCUUUGCAGGGAACGGGACACUAUUCUUCGGACACCAUUGCCAGAGACUUCAAGUUGAAGAUAGUUCAAAAACCACGGUUGACACACGAUCUGCCCACCUGUCUCCACUCAGGACCUUCCUGUUCUGUAUGUGUCCCUAAACGGCUGUGGCUGUUCAGUACAUGGUGACUCUCCCUUACUGAAAGGAAGGUCAGGGGUGACACCCUUAAUUUAGAUUAGCACCUUGGGUAAGUGUGUAGGUCUCCCCAAAUUAAAUCCCAGGAAUCAUGACUUGGAGGGGAGAGAGUGUUGUUGAAGCAGGAGAUCAAGAGUUUGACGCCAGCCUUGGCUGUAUAGCAAGUUUGAGGUCCGUUUGGGCGACAUCGUAGCCUGUCUCAAUAAAUAAGGAGUCCUCAAGUCUA